AUGUCAUUCUUGGCCAACAACCCCUUAUCUCUGAGCGUCCCCGAGCCAGCAUUCGAGUCGUGGCUAAGAGACCGCGGCUACCUCGAAAUCCUCGACCAACAAACUUCUGACCUCCACCGCCUCUCCACCACCACUUCCUCCUCCUCCUCCUCCGCCACUACCACUAGCUCCGCUACCUUAGUCACUGGUGGAUUCUUUUUAUCUUUCUGUUCAUACAUCGGAACCCUACUCUUUCUCUUCACUUUCAAUCCCUUCUCCAAGCUCACCUCCGACGACUUCUCCGGCGAUACUCCCUCCUGGACUUUUCGAUUUAUCGGUUCUUCAGAUUCCUACUCGCUCCCUUCGUCGACCUCUCAGGCUCGAUUGAGAGUCCACGAAAAUGUCAAGCGCUUUGCUCGCAAUUAUGCCUCUCUCUUCAUCCUCUUCUUCGCUUGCUCUCUGUAUCAAAUGCCCCUUGCUCUUGUUGGGCUGAUAUCAUGUUUGGCGCUUUGGGAUCUGUUCAGAUUUUGGGGUGAUCGAUGGGGAUUAGAUCGAUACCCUCUAUUUCGACUAAGCUUGGGUCGAGUUGCUCAAUGUGGCGAGUUUGUUCAUCUUUAG